AUGAAGCUCUUCAACCGUCUCUGCGCCGCGUUCUUCGCGGUCAGCAUGGUGCUGGAACCAUGCUGGGCCCAGUCGAGCACCCCGGUGGUCUACACCGACCCCGCCACGGGCAUCACGUUUGAUACGUGGACAGUGCCCACGAGCCAGACCGCAGGCGGUCUCACCUUCGGCGUGGCCCUCCCCAGCACAGCGUUGACGACAGACGUGACCGAGUUCAUCGGAUACCUGCAAUGCGCAUCCACCGACGCCACCAAAACAGGAUGGUGCGGCAUCUCCCUCAAGGGAAGCAUGACCAGCAACCUCCUCCUCAUGGCGUGGCCGUACAAGGACGAGAUCCUGACCUCCUUCCGCUUCAGCUCGGGCUAUACCAUGCCCGACGUGUACGGCGGCAACGCAACCCUCACGCAGAUCUCAUCGUCCGUCAACGCAACGCACUACACGCUGCUCUUCCGCUGCCAGGGCUGUCUCGCGUGGAACCACAACGGUGUGACGGGGUCUGCGCCAACCAGCGCCAAACAGCUGGUGCUCGGGUGGGCGCAGUCCGUCGCUGCGCCGGGGAACCCGUCCUGCCCUGCGGAGAUUACGCUGCAGCAGCACGAUGCGCAGGGGAUCUGGGUGGCGAAGCUUGAUGCGUCGGCUGCUAGUGCGUCGUAUGAGAAGUGGGCGGCGCUGGCGAACAAGACUGUUCCUGGUGAUUGCUCCGGUGGCGGUGGUGGCACGGGUCCUGUCGGAGUGCCAGUGCCGCCUGGAACGACAUUUGAUUAUGUCGUUGUCGGUGGUGGGGCCCCGUCCUCCGGCCGUUGGGGUGGAACCAUGAAGCCUGACUGGCUGGUUGGGACUAACCUGACUCGAUUUGACGUGCCGGGGCUGUGCAAUCAGAUUUGGCACGAUUCCGCAGGGAUCGCCUGCGACGAUAUCGACCAGAUGGCGGGUUGCGUUUUGGGAGGAGGGACCGCGGUUAAUGCGGCCUUGUGGUGGAAGCCAUACCCCCUUGACUGGACCUACAAUUUCCCCGCUGGCUGGCAAGCGGAGGACAUGGUCUCGCCGACAAACCGGGUCUUCAGCCGCAUCCCCUGGACCGUCCAUCCUUCCGCAGACGGAAAGAUCUACAUGCAGCAGGGCUACAAUGUCAUCGCGGGCGGGCUCCAAGCAGCUGGCUGGACGGAACUGACCCUGAACGACAACCCAUCGUGGAAGAACCAUACCUACGGCCAUACCCCAUACAUGUUCUCCCACGGCGAGCGCGGCGGCCCCAUGGCGACGUACCUUGUGUCUGCCAGCAAGCGAAGCAACUUUAAGCUUUGGAUGAACACGACCGUCAAGCGAGUGGUUCGCACGGCCGAUGGGCACGUCACUGGUGUGGAGGUGGAGCCCUUCCUGGAUGGCGGAUACGAGGGCGUCGUCAACGUCACGGCGAAGACGGGGCGUGUCGUUCUUUCGGCGGGGACGUUUGGCUCGGCUAGGAUCUUGAUGCGAAGUGGUAUUGGACCGGCGGAUCAGUUGGAUAUCGUGAAGAGCUCAAGUGAUGGACCCACGAUGAUCGACAAGUCGGCCUGGAUCAACCUUCCCGUGGGCAUGAAUCUUGUGGAUCACGUCAAUACGGAUACUGUUGCUACGCACCCCGACAUUGUCUUCUAUGACUUUUACGCCGCGUACGAUGACCCGAUCAAGAGCGAUGCGUCGAACUAUCUCAACAAUCGGAUCGGCGUCCUAACCCAGUCCGCCCCUAACAUCGGUCCAAUUUUCUUCGACGAAAUCCGCGGUGCCGACGGCAUCACCCGGCAGAUCCAGUGGACCUCCAGAAUGGAAGGAGGCCAUGGCACAGCCGAUGACCACGCCGUCGUCAUGAGCCAAUACCUCGGCCGUGGCUCUACCUCACGCGGACGCAUGACCAUCACCGCGAACCUGGAUACCGUCGUCUCGACGCUCCCUUACCUGCGGGACCAGCACGACGUCGACGCCGUCAUCCAGGGCCUCAUCAACAUGCAGAAUGCGCUCAAGGGGGUCGGGCUGAACUGGACCUAUCCUGCGCCGAAUAUCACGGCUGCAGAGUUUGUCAAUACGAUGGAAAUCACGGCGAGCACCAGACGCGCGAAUCACUGGCUGGGGACAUGCAAAAUGGGCACCGACGACGGAAGAAAGGGCGGCACGGCGGUGGUGGAUACCAAUACCAAGGUUUACGGCACCGACAACCUGUUCGUCGUGGAUGGGAGUAUCUUCCCCGGUAUGGUCACUAGCAAUCCCUCGGCGUAUAUCGUGAUUGCCGCUGAGCGUGCGGCGGAUCGGAUUCUUGCGUUGGCUACUUAG